AUGGAGGAGGAGUGGGAGAAGAGAGAGAUGGUUGAUCAUUGGAGCCACGAGCAUCCACUUACUUUGGUGGAAACUCGUGGAAGGGAUGAAUGUUAUGGUUGUAGACGGCUGUUCACCAGUGGAGAGCAAGCUUAUGGAUGCAGCAUUACGGAAUGUGAGUAUUCGAAGCUAUUACACGAAGGAUGUGCAGCAACAGUGAGAGAGAUACGACAUCCAUUGCACCAUCAACACAUACUCCGCCAACGCCACAAAAAAAAACCACUGCUGUGUUCUAUCUGCGACGAGUAUAUUUGGAGCAUUGGUUACGAAUGCACAAGCUCGGGAUGUAGCUUCGAGGUGCACCUGUGGUGUGGGCAGGACAAGGGCGUGGUCGAUGCAAGUCAUGCAAGCCAUGAAUUGAAGUUGUUGAGGAGAAUAUGUUUGUUCAAGUGUGAUGCUUGCGGCAUCACAAGCAGGGGAAGGUCCUACACAUGCACCACAGGUGAUUGUCAAUAUUGGAUCCAUGAGAGAUGUGCUUCAUUGCCUCAAACUAUCAAAAGGGAAGACCAUCAUCACUCUCUUUCUCUCUCUUCAUACAUCCCACCUGAAUAUAUUAAAACAUUGAUACCACCCAUCAUCAUCCUUGCUGCUGCUGCUGCUAUUGAUGAGUUGAUGAAGGUGGAAUAUGAGUUCCUUCAUCACCAACAUAAACUCACUUUACUCUCAUCUGGUGAUCCAACCCAAGAAGAAGAAGAAGAAGAAGAAGAAGAUGAGGAGAAUUAUGGAGUGAGAUCAGAAUUGAUAUGUGAUGGCUGCAUCACUCCUAUAUCAUCAAAUAGUAGUAGUAAACAUUACUACUAUAUGGGUUGCAGUGAGUGCAAAUACAAUCUUCACAUUGCCUGCUUUCACUUGCCAUCUCAACUCUCUUCUCUUUCAGUCCACGACCAACAUGAUGAUCAUCACUCGCUGGACCUCUGA